AGUGACCGUGCGAUCAACACCCUGAAAAUAUGACUUUGUUCAAAUGUUAAGUUUUGGAUUUUCUCCAUAUUUCAGCGCAUCAUUCUCACCAUCACCGCCCAUCAAGGAGAUUGACAGUACAAGAUAGAUAAACACGCUAGAUGAACGAAUUAAACACACUUGGCGGAUCUCUAGCAUUUAUUACCAUGCAAACUCAAACUCGCCGGACCAUUUUCGUGCAAGCAGCGUGGACGAGUUCAGAUCUGCCAAUUUCGCGUCCUUGAUAUUUUUUCUUUCCCGAUGUCCAAUUUACCCGUGCGCAUUGAUAAUAGCAGAUGGAUCUAUGUAACUUCCCCGCAAUGUUCUCCCCCACGCUACGCAUAGUGUUUCUCAUUCAUCUUUCCUCCCUCCCUUGCCCACUUGCAGUGCUCAAGCACAGCCAUCCGUGAUUGACGGGUUAGUCACACGAAAUCUUCAUAGACAGAUUGAAUAAUUGUACCAGCACUAGUCUGUGAGUUUCAUUUUCCAUUUUCAUUCUCUUUCAUCUUCUAGCAGUUUCUUAGUAAGAUACACCUGAAGCAACAUAAAGUAGGAACGCUUGAAAUUUUUUAGAAGGACCCGAUUUCUCACGUCUCCGUUUUCGAGUGUCUUGGAUGAAUCCUACCCGCCGACAAGACAUAUCGCGGCUAGGCAAUCAUUUUAAUACACCUAAACUGUUUCAAUUCUAAUUCAGGAACUCUCAUUCAACUGAUUUGUUUAUUCACUUUGUUGUCGAAAAGUGAGUAGUUCAAAUUGAUGCGUCUCUUCUGAAACAAGUAGUUCAAUAAAACCACUUUGAAUAUACAAAGAUACAAUAAUUGCAGAUUCUCGACCCUUGUUUGUACAUGGAUUACAAAGUUUGUCGGCAGGUCUGACUUUUCCUUUGAAAGGCUAGCACUGUCGAGCAAUUUAUUUUUUAUUCGCUGCAAAUCUUUCGGCGUGCGUGGUGUUUUUGGAGCCGCACGGCUAGCUGACGGACCAAAACACAGCUACAGCUGCAACGGCACGCACGCGCGUUGGAAGAAUUUAAAACAAGUACAAGAUCGCAUUUUCGACCCUAAGUUUCUGAACACCCGCACCAAAAGCAGCAACAAGAAGACACGAACAAACAACAAUAUCAUCGUGAUUUCUUGCCAAUCCCGCAAAUAAAUUUAGUAGGUGCGUCUUCGCGUCCUUCGGCAACAAGGAAGUACAAGCACAACCACAGGAAUCUUGUCAGUAAAAAAGAACAUCAUCCUCAACUAAGAGAAAAUAACACAGAACGACGGAUACGAAGUAUAACAAGUAUAGGCCCAACACCUUUAUAGCAGCACUUUUACAUGGCGACCUCAGUAAGAGCGUCCCAAAAAUAGUGUAUAAUCUCCCCCCGACGACCCCAGACAGAAUUAAGUCGGUUUCGGCGCCUGCGGCCACGUCGGCAGCGAUGUCGCGCGGUCAGACGAGUUUGGUGGUGAAAAACACUUUUCUGGAUCUCGACGGCUCCGCCAAGGCACCGUUUCCAGAGCUCGAUGACGACAUCCCGCGAGCGAAUACGGCACCUGUGCGAAGGUAAGCUUCUAUGGUUUAUUCGUUUUGCGUCCUUCGCGGUGCUGGUGCUGCGACAAUGGCAAUGCGUGCAUGGUACAUAUGUGCAAAGGCACACGCUUGUGUUGUGUGAAUCCUGCAUGAGUAAACCGAGCGUAUGAUGGUUUGCUUGUUGCGGGCAUUGGGUGCAGACUCAUGCGAUGGACAAAGACAAACGUUGUGAUACACCGUAGCUUUAUCAACAUUUUCGAAAAUUACCAAAUGAAGGACCUCAUCCUCCGCGUACCGGGGCGAGGAAGACCUUCCGCCACGGCUGUACAAAAUCGAGGAGCAAAUAUGAUAUCAAAAAUUGAUCCCAUUUCCGUUGCUGUCCGGUAGCGGAAGCGAUUUUCUGUGUAGUGGCCCUUAGAACUGCACUCGAGCAAGAGCGACUAUUGAAGUAGUGCAGAGAUCUAGAUCUUUUGCUUGUGCCGCAUAAAAGAUGAGACUCGAUUAAACUUGCGACGUUUAAAGAAACUUCGUUGGCCGCAACAUGUUGAAGAGGCAGCUAUAGUUCUGGAAUGGGAUCAAUUGUUUCAUGUGGAUGCCCUGCGGUAUACCGCCAGCGCAGCAGCGAGCAAGAAAAUAUUCCCUACCGCCAACGCACCACCGACACGGUCGCCGCUUACCGACAGAGGACCGCCGAAAGCUCCAUUCCCUACCGACAGCGAACCGCCGAGGUAUGAAAUUGUAAGAGGAAGGGAUACAAUAAACCGGUAGUCCUGGUGGUGCAGCGUUGCUGGUCUCGUUCUCUCAUCUCGAAAGACUGCAAUUUUGGAUCGUCGAAAUGAAUUGAAAGGCAUGCUGGAAAAGGCGGAAAAAUUUGAAAUGUCGAAUCAAACAAAAUUUUCACAGUCCGCCGGCGGCGUACCGCGAUACAUAACGCGAGACCCCUUUGACGACCCGCAGGCCGGAUCCUGGUCGCCCCUCUGGUACAACCGUGGCUAUUACUUUCAGCUUAUUCUUUGUUUUCUAAAUAAAUGGAUGUGAAUCACUGGCAACAUGAUGCUGAAACAUUUGCAAGAACUACCGGAGAAUAGUUUCAUGCAUGUCGUCGUUCUUUGGCUUACGGGAGGUUUUUUUACGACGGGAAGACACCUUUCCGGUGGAACUGGAAAGAAUAAAAAAGCUGUACACGAAUUCACAGUUCAUCAAAAUUUCAGGCAUGGAGCGGGUGGCACACCCCCCGCGGGCGCCGCUGGCGGCUACCCGGCACUAAGCGAGCAGCACCAGCAGAUAGACAUGAAUUCGUACCCAGCUUCUGCUUACUUCCAGCCGCAGUCGGCUGCGCAACAGGGCGGCUACGGAAUGAGCGCGUACGAUACCUACCACUCGGGCGGGAAUCCGAUGUCGGGAAUGCUGGACAACACCGCACCGCAGUCCUCGCAGCCAUACCCGGCCAACCUUGCCUACAGCAACCUAGCCUCGGCAAUCGAGCAUCAGCAGCGCAGCCGCUUCGGGAGCACGGCCAGCGUGAUUCCCCCGCCCGGCAUGAUGAUUUCGGUUCGCGCACGAGAUCUGUAUGCCUUGCUGCAGUUUGUGCAGGCGGCUACGGGUCUAGGAACGCCCGCAGCCGCCGCGCCGAUGAACCCCGAUGGCGCGGCUGCGGCGUCAGAGCUCGACACAGAAGGCAAGACCCGCGCGGCCAUCUCGGCCAUCCUGAACGCGCUCACCAACAGCGGGAGCGUCCCCGCACCCGGCUUGUAUGGAGGGCAUACGGCACGUCCCAGCGCGGACUCCAUCCGCCUCGGGGAGGAGUUUCUCCUGCAGAACCACGGGCAUGAGCCGCUGCACCUGGAAAGCCAGCCGGGCCUGGGCCGGCCCGUGGUGCUUGGAACCACGACGUCUGCGGCGACUGACACCCCCGGCGCGGCCCGCGUCAGUUUUGCCAGCAACAGCAUGCAAACGGACGGCGGCGGGAGCAACAACAACAAUGUUAUCGACAUGAGCAGUCCGCUGAACCACACCGCUUCGCUGCCGCCGCCGCGCACGAGCAGCGGGCAGCACUCCCAACAUCAGCAGCCUCCGACCAGCUUCUCGGCCCGCGCCGGCGGCACGUACUCCGCGUGGGAGGUGGUGAACACGGCGGGGAAUGGCCAGAGCGUCUACAAUACACCGGUGCCGCAACAGUACUACAACACGCCGGUGGGUUCUGGGAACAACGGAGGGAACAACAACCCCUCGUUUCCCUCCUCGGACCAAUACGAAUACCACGACGUCCACACGCCCUUCUUUCCCCCACAGCCACCUCCCAUCGGGAUGGGCAGUGGAGGCGCGGCGCACGGUGGCAAGGCCAACAAUAACUGGGUGUACGACCCCGAACCGAGGACCAGUGGAACCUCAACCGGGGGAAUGAACAAGGGCAGCUCCGCGGGCGGCGCCAACCCCUACGUUCCGCACUAUCGGGGCGGCAAAGGCAUGGGCGGGGGACACCCGCACACGACCACCGGCACGUCGAGCAAAAGUCGACGCAGUGGCGGCGCAUCGGACCAGCACAACCAACGGGGGAGUGGCUACGACGAGGACCUGCACGCGCGGACUUUGCUCCCCGAGAGCGAGUUGAUGCAAACGACGAACCUGAAGCCCUCCCAGGUAGACUAUACCAUCCCCGCAACGCCCCACGCGCUGCGCCGACAAACCUCCAUCAACAGUGGGGCGCACCGGGUCACGUGGAACGUUGAGGCCAAGAGAUUAAAGAGCACGGAUAAGGUAUUUGUUCUACUUCCUUGCCUGAUUGUUGUGCGUUUCGUGAUUUCAUAAUUGUUGAGUUGUAGACAUGACAAGUCAAUAUCUUCAUUUUCGAUCAGAUUCGUAUGAACUGCCCACAGAAAUAACGAACUAGUCAAUCUCAAUGCUUCUGCAACAAGUUGUGAAAAAGAAACAAAUACCGUCGUGUAAUAAAUACAACAGCUUUGCGUCUCUCCGGCGUUUUCCGUCUUGCAAAUUGAGGACGUGAAAUAUCGAAUCGUGCUUUACCCGCCCGAAACCGGCAACUACAGCAAAGGUCAGGGGAAUUUUCGCUCCAGCAAGGGCAAAGGUAUAAUACGCAUUUCGCGAUAACAUGAUUACGACCUUGUCGCACUACGCGACUGAGCUAUAUAAUGUUUUUUUGGUAGUUGGCGAAGUUGCUGUACUAUACCACAGUCAACGAAGUAGAGCAACUGAAGUCAACAUACGUGAUCCUGCACUGUGUGAAUUGGAAUAUGUUACGUUCUGAGAAAUGUGGUUUUUUUCGAACAAGAACUUCAACAUUUGUGUACGGCUUGCUACAGGUCGUAUCGUGCUGAAGUGCGACACCGCAAUGGGGGACGUGGAAGAAGUUGGCAGCAAGUUUCAGUUGUCCUUUCGCUUUUUCGUGGGGGGCCCGGAUAAGAAGCCGAAAAUUUCGGGGCCGAUGACAAACGACUUUACGGAGCUCAACACAAAGGGACUGCCGAAGGCGGAAGAGUGGGACUUUCUGCAGCACGCGGAGCGCGGCAAUUUGCUGGUGGGAGUCGAGGCGCGACAGGCGAGCUUCACAAGCACGCAGCUCCCGUUGUACCCAGACUCGUGGCUGACGCCACUGGAGCGGCAGAGGUCAACUGCGAGCGCCGUAUCCAAUCCGCCAGAGAUGAUGGAAACCAAUCUGAAAGACAAACGGGACCAGAGCUCAAGCUCGAGCGCGAGUAAUGGGAACGAGACUUCUAAAAGGAAAAAGAAGAGCAGCACAACAGCGAGCGACCAGGUCGUGCCGCAGCCGCCGGAUGAAGAGAAACAGGCGGGAGCCCCCGAAGAGACCACGACGAACACCGGCAUAGAAUCGAACGGCAAGCACGUUGUUUACAAGGAGGGGGUGCACCAGCAGCAAGACUGCGUGGAAAGUUCGCAGUACUACGAGCGCGGGGAAUGCGAUGCGGAUGUUUCGCGCCAUGCAGUUGAGCCACUCCCGAUCCACUUGGGAGUGCCGUUCCAUUCACCAGACGACAUUUUUCUCGAGUGCGAAAGACAGGAAAGCUACACAAACGUACACAAAUACAAGGGCAAGCAUGGGGCGUCGAGCAAAGAUCGCGGAAAGAAGUUCUCGGCAGACUACACGCACACACCAACGCCAAGAAGAGACAACAAGAUUCAGUUCACGACAACCGCUGCGAGGCGCGGAACUGGUAGGCGGACCACGUCCUCACUCGGUAGCACUACGGUAAUGAUGAAGACUACUAAUUCAUCAGGGCAGCAGCAGCACAACCACAUCGACCCCCGAGAGCAGGCACGGACGAAGGUUCCACCCAAUAAUAAGAGCCACAGCAAGGGAUACAGUCCGCGCGUCGGCAUCAACGGCAAGAGCAAUUCAACGCUCCGGGGAACGACGUCGAGAAAGGGGUGUGACUACGGGAAACUGAACGCGCCGCAGAGCAGUAGCACCGGGGACUGCAGCACGAGUGACCAAUCGCCGAAUGACCCAUCGCCGGAAUCCUAUGAGUAUGACCCCGGCAACGGCUUCGGCCACCCCCGUGACUACAUCGUGUCCCCGGAGCACAGAAAGAAUGCCAAUAUACCGGCGCAUGUCUGUUGAACCGCUAUUAUGAGCAGCACAAUGUCUACUUUUUUAGUAGCGCCGUGUGUCACAUAGGUAUUCCGAUGCGAGGGGCUGGUGGAUCGAGCAGCCAUAUCAGAGUUCCGCGCAAUGUGUCACAGAAGCAGCUGGAUGGUUUUGGUUUCCUAUAUAAAUUACUCAACUUUAAUAUUUGAAUUUGCUCUUCUCCCGAAGCAAGCUGUCAGUUAGAUUAAAACACUAGCUCCGUCAGGAAAGAGUCUAUUUUUGCUACAGACGGUAGCUAAACAGAAGAAGCAGUUUCCCGUCCCAAGUUCUAGUAUUCAUCCCAUGAUUUUUUCAGAACUCCUGAGUUCUCUUGUGCGAUAAAUAUGACUGGAAAAGGUGACGUUCAUUUAGAACAGACCAGCCAUCGCAUUCAACUAUUCUUAUUGUAGUUACUAGGCUUACUCCUGCAAGCAAACGGCCAUUUCGCGGAUUGCAGACAGGUCGGCGACUAGAAAGUACUACACGUCCCCCAUGGGGGUAGGGCAGCCUGCUUUCCCUGGCUGCCUUUCUCCGUUGCGGUGAGAUGAAGAAAAAUUAUGUACCCGGCACUACGACCAACACAGUGAUAUCCUACGGUAUCGACUUUUUUUUGAAGGUUGGAAGUGCUUCCUAAUUGAUUCACCAGCCAUACACAGAUACUAUCCCUACGGUUUCCGGGUGUAAUGUAAUCUGAAUCCCUACAACGUUUGCGGAUCCGCCGCUGACCGACUGAUCCGGUAGUUACAACAAGAUCAGCAGAAUAAACUAUGGAGGCCACAUUCGGUACUACGAGCUAAUAAAUCCGACUUCUGAUUUAUUAGCGUAGUCCAAAAGGCUGAGCGCGCUGAAGAAAAAUCUUCGCGGUAAGUUCUCCAUGCUUUGAAUUUUAUGAAGGUGGACUUGAACUACUGACCGCUGAUCUAAAGAUAGGAUUUCCACAAGCACGAGCUCAAGUUUCUGGGAGUACAAAAGUUUAUGAAAAUAGUCUGUCAUUAUAGUAAUCAAGACGCUUUUCCGCAACUGCGCACACACUAUCGGAAGCGAGUGCGACGAGGCUUGUGAGUUAGUAUACACGACCAGCAUGGUAUUCUCAGAUAUGGAUCAUGGUAUGUAAAUGCCGCCUUCACGACAGACAUUCGCACCAGUAAGCUGCUGGUUGUUGAGUGGAAAACCUUUUUUUUCAAUCUCGUUUCUCUCGCAACUGCGGAAGCACAAACACUCCUGCCACGACCCCUUUAUAUGAUUACCACAUGAAAGAUAUGUGUACCUAGUCGCACAGAUAAGAUUAUAGAUUGAUGGGGAUGUGUUACUUUGUCACAACUCUACGAAACAAAUGAUGAAACAACUAGCUCAUUAUCUGUGCCGGGGGACGGCAGGUGCUUUGGUAGUAUCUGUGAGCACCUUUUUGGUCCCGUACUUCUGUAUCGAGGAAAAUUUUACACGGCUGUUGUGCCGCUGAGAAUGAGCUUUCAAAGUAAAUGAAGGAAUGCGUCUCCACUUCGUGCUAUAUCCAGUUGAU